AUGUACGAGGCUGGGAAACUAGCCAACACAAUACAUGAAAUGGAUAGAUUGAAGAUAUCCAUCCUAGGAAUAAGCGAAACCUGGUGGCCAGGAGCAGGAGAAUGUAACACGGAAAACAAAAGAUUUUACUACUCAGGUAACAAUGACAGGGACCACAGAAGAGGUGUAGGGGUCAUAGUCACCAAAGAAAUAGCUGGAAGUGUUACUGACUUUGUUCCCUACUCAGACAGAACAAUGUUAUUAAAAAUUCGAACAAAGCCGCUUAACAUCAACAUAAUCCAAGUGUACGCCCCAACUCUCGAUAGAGGCGAUGACGAAAUGGACAAAUUUUAUGGCGAGAUCAAGGAACUUCUAGGGUUAACCAAGCCACACGAAAUCAAUAUAAUACAAGGCGAUUUCAAUGCGAAGAUCGGUUCUUUACAAGCAGACCAAAUCGUCGGCCCAUAUGGAUUGGGUGAUAGAAACCAUAGGGGAGAUCGACUGGUACAAUUUUGCCAGGAAGAGAACUUUAAAAUAACAAACACUUGGUUUUCGUUACCCCCUAGAAGACUUUAUACAUGGAGAUCACCUCAGGAUAAUAAGGAUAACAUCGUUAGAAAUCAAAUCGAUUUUAUACUGAUAAACAGGAGAUUUGGCACAUCACUCAAGCGAGUCUGUACAUACCCGGGCGCCGACGUGCCAUCCGAUCACGUUCUUCUUUUGGCUUCCUAUAAAGUAAAGCUUUCACUUGUUAAGAGACAGCAACGAAAACCUCAGUUAGCUAUUGAAAAACUAAAAAACGAAGAAGUAAGGACGACUCUGCAACAAAAAUUAAAUGAUGGACUGGCGAGACUGCGAGAGACGAUUGGGGAAUAUCAAGUCGACAAUAUAUGGGAUAGCUUGAAGAAAACCAUGAACUCUGUUUCUCAGAACAUACUAGGAUACCGUCAGUCUGUUCCUAAGAACAAAUGGAUGACAGAGGAAAUUCUACGAUUGAUGGACGAGAGACGUAAACAUAAAAAUGUAAACCCUGAUCAAUAUAGUCUUUUAAAUUCUAGAAUUAGAUCUGAAAUCAGAAAAGCUAAAAGAAAGUGGCUAGAACAAGAAUGCCAAGAAAUAGAGAGACUCCAACAGAUACAUGAUACUCAUAGGGAACAUAAAAAGCUAAAGGAGGUAGCUGGAAUAUAUAAAACCAAGGCACCAAUAGUUCUAGUCAACGACAAAAACGAGAUAAUCCUGGAAAAGGAUGAAAGAAGAAGAAUGUGGGAGCAAUACAUAAGAAAACUAUUCCAAGACAGUGAGAGAACGGACCUCGAAAUUAACCCCGCGGGUGAAUCGUUGAGUGGACCACCGAUAACAAAAGAGGAAAUUCGUAAAGCGAUACAACUUUCAAAAAAUAACAAGGCAGUCGGACCAGAUGAAGUGCCAGCCGAGAUCAUUAAGCUAAUAGACGAUGAUAACCUGUCUUUAUUGGAAGUUGUUUUCAAUAAGAUAUACAGCACUGGCAGCUGGGUGCUUGCGACUUGCAUCAAGUCGAUGCAAAUCCUUGGGUCCAUUAAGACGACGGUCUUCAAGUGUCGAUGUCCUCAUACCACCCAAAAGGAGGGUGGGGUCUUAGAGUUAUCUACACGCGGCAGCGUUUUUGGACUAACUAGCCGUCGAGCUUUUGAUCCUUAUUACUUCGCAUUAUCCCGUUUCUGUUCAUCGCUGAUAACGAAGCGGAAGAAUAAUGAAAUUCGUCCGAGAGAGUCGGCCGCGUUCACCGCCCCUCGACCCACCUCUUCGUCGCCCCGCCGCCCCCUUACGUGA